AUGGCGCAAAAUAUCAAAACGAUCAAGUACUUCCACCGGAAGUUCGUCCAAGAAGAGCAGACGGCGCCGGAGGACGUUAAGGAAGCUUUCGCCACGUUCGCGGAGGGCGGCGACACCAUGUCCGCCGGCCAGCUUCGCGAAUUCGUGGACAAGGUUCAGUGCCAACCGCAAUACACCGUCGAGGAGUGUGAGCGGAUCAUGGAGACCUUCUUGAGAUCGCGAAGGGACGAAAGUGAUAAUGGUUUCACCCUCGAAGAAUUCUUCCAGUUCUUGUAUUUUGAUGAAUUCAAUGCUCCUCUCUCUCCUGAGGUACAUCAUGACAUGGAUGCUCCAUUAUCACAUUAUUUCAUAAACACAGGGCACAAUUCAUAUCUCACUGGGAAUCAACUAAGCAGCGAUUGCAGUGAGGUGCCAAUCAUACAAGCCUUGAAUAAAGGUGUUCGAGUUAUUGAACUUGACUUAUGGCCCAAUUCAAAUAAAACUGAUAUUGAUGUAGUUCAUGGAAGGACACUUACUGCUCCUGUGUCACUAUACAAAUGUUUAGUGGCCAUAAAAGAUAAUGCUUUUGUUGCUUCUGAAUACCCAGUCAUUAUAACUUUAGAAGACCACCUUACAAAAGAUCUUCAAGCUCUAGCUGCAGAGGUAACAAAUGAAAUAUUUGGAGAUUUGUUAUACUACCCUCCAGAAGAUGCAAUGGAUGAAUUCCCAUCACCAGAAUCAUUAAAAGGGAGAAUCCUAAUAUCAACAAAACCACCUCCAUACAAUGCAAGCAGUGAUCGUGAAUGUGAAGAAGAAUUGACGCCUUCAAGUGAGAUACAUAGUGGAGUAAUUCAUUACAAAAGAAUGAUUACAAUCCAUGCUGGAAAACCCAAGGGUCAUAUAAAAGAUUCCUUAUCAGUUGAUGGCAAAGUUAAGCGUUUAAGUUUGAGCGAACAGGAAAUCGAAAGGGCUUCAUCUUCUUAUGGAGAUGAUCUUAUUAGUUUUACACAGAGGAAUAUUCUGAGGGUGUAUCCUAAGGGGACACGUGUCAACUCCUCAAAUUUCCGGCCACAUAUAGGGUGGUUGUAUGGAGCACAAAUGGUUGCAAUGAACAUGCAGGGGUAUGGAAAAUCUCUAUGGCACGCACAAGGUUUGUUUAGAGCAAAUGGAGGGAGUGGUUAUGUGAAAAAACCUCCACUCCUAAUGAACAAAAAUGAUGACGGCCAAUCUAAUAUUUUUAAUCCCAAAACACCAUAUCCCACCUCCAGAAUUAUGAAGGUGAAAAUAUAUAUGGGAACAGGGUGGAUUUCUAAUUUCAGCAAAACACACUUUGAUACGUUCUCUCCACCAGACUUUUACAUAAAGGUGUCUAUACAUGGUGUACAAUAUGACAAAGCUAGGCACAGAACAAGGGUGAUUUCAGAUCAUUGGUUUCCAGUUUGGGAAGAAGAAUUUGAAAUCCCAUUGAAAGUUCCAAGUCUUGCAUUGGUUCUGAUAGAGGCAAGAGAGUAUGAUAAGCAUGAAAAGGAUGAUUUUGGAGGCCAAACAUGUUUCCCUGUCGAUGAAAUCAGACCGGGCUUCCGUUCAGUCCCUUUAUAUGAUGAAAAGGGCAAUAAAUAUAGCCAUGUAAAGCUUUUAUUGCGCUUUCAAUUUCAACAUAUUUAG